AUGGCAGUCCUCCCUGGCACGUUUCUGCCGUGCCUGGUGACGACGCUCUUGGUCCUCGCCACCCAGUCGCUCGGAGUCAGCAUCCAGUCCGAUAUCAUUUCCAAGUGCAACAACGCGACUGGCCCCGACGACCACUGCAGCAUUGCGGGUGAACGGCGACUUCUAUGGACUGGGGUCCGAAUCGGCAUCUAUUCGUCGUGGUUCGCGUCGUGGGUCAGCAACAGCUCCCUGCUCGACGCCCGAGAGAUCUGCCGGUCCCUCGACAGCAACGCCAGUUUCCUGUUCGCCAUCGCCGUCGUUGUCGCCACGUACUCCACCUUGGGCAAUAUUCGCAUCAUCGACGCCCUGAUCCUGCUGCUGCUGUCAUUCGGGUAUCUGCUCAGCGUGAUGACCCUAUGGGGUAACCGGACGGUGCCCACGAAACGCAACCACUUUGGCGGCUGGGGCACGCAUUUCCGCCUCGUCCUUGUCAACGCCAUCUGCGCCUAUGGCAUCUGGUUCUGGAGCGUCGGCAUGACCGACAAGCUCCCCCAGUGCAACACCCGAGAACAAUGCGCCGGGCUGAAGCUGUGGAUCCUCGUCGAGGUGCCCAUCGCGAACGCCGGCAUCCGGAAUUUGGUCUUGGCUUUUUGGUGCAUCUUGUAUUCCACCAUGUUUCUCACGGCCGUGGUCGCCUGCAUGGAGCUCGUGGGCGAAGUGAGCGAUGACGCCAACUGGAAGGAUUACCGGGAGCGGUUCAGUUGGAGAUUGCGAGAGAAGAUCGCCAGGGUAGAACCGUGGCCUUUGAGUCUGGGUUUUGCCAUGUUUCUCUGCAUUGUCGUUUCCGUAGUAUCUCUCGUUGCCAUAACCAUCAAAAGGCCAAAGGGAACUCGGGUUUCAAUCGGAGUUUUGACGUUCGUCUGGCUCGUCUUUGCCAUCGCAUCGAUAGAGAUGACUCUCCAGGCCAAUCAUGUAAGGAGGGACCGCGUCCAGACGUACAUCGCCACUGCCGGUCAGUUCAUCCCGCUUGUCAUCGGCGGCUGUACCCUGCUUAGGGCUUUGUGGAAAGCUGGCCUGCUGGGGUUGUGUCCAACUUGCUCUUGA